GGAUGUCAAACUUACCGUUGAGAAGGGGGCAUGCACAAGAGUCACAUACAUACUCCAGAAUACCCCCACAUCCUCUGAUCCUGCCCCUCUGCUUGUUUCUCCUUUGUCUACUGCCGCCUUCUUUGUCCUUAUCUGUGCCCUGCAUCGGGCCCUGCUCCAUCCAGGCGCCCUCACUGUAGCCCAUUCUCCACCUGCUUGACCACCUUUGAUUCUCCAGCCCCAGCAAAUCUGAAGGAUGGAGCCGACUACCUGUAAGAGCAGCGAAUCAGAGGAAGACUAUGUUGAGGAAGAGGAGUCCGAGGAGGAGUGUGAUAAGGAGGAAGACGCCAUCCCUCCCGACCCUUCUCAGCAGACACUCUCAAAGGCGGACUGUGAGGCGCUGGGGAAUGAAGUUGCCUUAUCCAUUGUAGCCACGAAGAUUCCAAAAAAAGACAUAGCCCCAGCUCGCUUAGAUGAUUUAGGGGUUGGGAGAAGGAAGAGAAAGCAGAAAUGCAGAGCCCUGGCCAUCAACCUGACCAACUGCAGGUACGAGAGUGUGCGCCGGGCGGCCCAGACGUGCGGCCUGAAGGAGGUGGGGGAAGACGAGGAGUGGACCGUGUACUGGACAGACUGCGCUGUCUCGCUGGAACGCGUCAUGGACAUGAAGAGGUUUCAGAAAAUCAACCACUUCCCGGGCAUGACGGAGAUCUGCCGCAAAGACCUGCUGGCCCGGAACAUGAAGCGCAUGCAGAGACUCUACCCCCUGGAGUACCACAUCUUCCCGCGCACCUGGUGCCUCCCCUCGGACUACGGGGACUUCCAGGCCUGUGGUCGUCAGCGGAAAACACGAACGUUUAUCUGCAAGCCAGACAGCGGCUCCCAGGGCCGCGGCAUCUUCCUCACCCGGAACCCCCGGGACAUCAAGCCGGGAGAGCACAUGAUCUGCCAGCAGUACAUCUCCAAGCCCUUCCUCAUCGACGGCUUCAAGUUCGACAUGCGCGUCUACGUCCUGCUCACGUCCUGUGACCCCCUGCGGAUCUUCAUGUACGAGGAGGGCCUGGCCCGCUUCGCCACCAUGCCCUACGUGGAGCCCAACCAGAACAACCUGGAUGACAUCUGCAUGCACCUGACCAACUACGCCAUCAACAAGCACAACGAGAACUUUGUCCGCGACGACGCCGUGGGCAGCAAGAGGAAGCUGUCCACGCUCAACGCCUGGCUGCGAGAACACAGCUACGACCCCCGAGAGAUAUGGGGGGGCAUCGAGGACAUCAUCAUCAAAACCGUCAUCUCGGCCCACUCGGUGCUGCGCCACAACUACCGGACCUGCUUUCCCCAAUACCUGAGCGGGGGCACUUGUGCCUGUUUUGAGAUCCUUGGUUUCGACAUCUUGCUGGACCACAAGCUGAAGCCCUGGCUGCUGGAGGUGAACCACUCUCCCAGCUUCACCACGGACUCGCCGCUGGACCAAGAGGUGAAGGACGCGCUGCUCUGCGACACGCUGGUCCUCAUCAACCUGCGCGGCUGCGACAAGCGGAAGGUGCUGGAGGAAGACAAGCGGCGCGUGAAAGGCCGGCUCCUGCAGGGCCAGCAGGAGUUGCGCGAAGCCAGGCGCGAACAGACCGAGUUGUCCCAGGCGGCGCUGCUGGACCAGGAAUGCUACGAGGAUUCCCACCUUGGGGGCUACCGGAGGAUCUACCCCGGGCCCGACACAGAGAAGUACAUGCCCUUCUUCAAGCACAGCGGCUCCCUCUUCCAGGAGACGGCGGCCUCCAAGGCCAGAGAGGAGUGCGCCAGGCAGCAGCUGGAAGAGAUCCGCCUCAAGCAGGAGCAGCGCGACAUCUUAGACACGAAGCGGCGGAGGGAGAACAAGGAGCAGAGCCAGGGGGAGUCGGCAGGGGAGAGGAGCUGCUGCAAGACCCGGCUCCGGGGCUUCCCCACCCACCUGGCCUACCGGAGCCGGAACCGGAAGAAAGAGCUGCUACCAGGAUACUCGGACACCAUGCAGCCUCAGGAAAUCGUGGAGGAGGAGGAGCUGGAGCGGCUGAAGGCCCUGCUGCAACGGGAAAACCUCAUCCGGAGCAUGGGCAUUGUAGAGCAGAUCACCAGCAUGGUGCACCCCAGCAACCGGGACCAGAAGAAGCUUCACGAGUAUCGGUCUAGAUCUCAUCCGGACGGGCUGAGCAGUCAAGAACUGCCGUCUAUGAGUCUGUUCCCAUUGGUCCUCCUGAGCGGGGCGGACAAAGAGCAGGGCCCUCCUCCUGUCCUGCAGCCAGUUCGAUCCCACGAGUUGAUCCCCAGGAUCUUAGGGCCACUGCCACGCAUGAAUACUGCACUUCUGCCUCAUGCCCGGUACUACCUACAGCCCAGGAACGUCAACUGGAUAAGAGAUCCGGCCGCCUUUGUCCCCUGUUCAUUGUCAACGAAGAAAUCUGACGAGCGCUGUUUUCCCAUUCCCAGAGUCAGGCCCGAUAGCCAAGGCCAAGCCAGCAGGAGGCUAGAAGCCAUAAACAGAGCCAUGGCAGGAUCAGUGCCAUCCUGUUUAACCCCAAGGCAGGGCUACUUUCUGCAACGGGAAAGAGUGGUAAGUAGCCCGUGGACUGAAUGCACCUUGCCCUCCAUCGUCCACUGUGGACACCAAGCAGCCAAGGCCCAGGACCUCCCCCUCUGCCAUGCCUCCGCACCCCUGAUGCAGAGUGCCACUGCGGCCCUGGACAUCAGCCACCACAGGUAAAUGCAGGAAGGAAGCCCAGCACUCAAGCUCUGCUGGAGAACCCUUCAGCUUUCCUAAGGGGCAAAGGGCCUUCGAGCGCUGCCCAGUGAAAAGACUGCCACCAAGCUUGAGUCUGAAAAGCCCUGGCCAGGAACUCGGUUUGCAUAAGGCACAAACACAAAGACACCAAGAAUUCCUCGAUACCGCAAGAGUAUUUCCGGACCAGGGAAGACCAAACAACGAAGACAGGCGCCAGGGCCGGCCUUGCACUCACCUCCGCCCUUCAAACCUGAGCCUGGAUUUAUCGCUAGAUGAUGGGUCUGGACCCUGGUGCGGCCCGGGGCUGGAGUUGAUUCGGGAGACAAGGAGUUCGUUUCUCCAGAGGAGCCGAGUGCCCAAGGCACGGGGCUGUCGCCGCCAGAAGACCGCCUUGGGGACGCCCUCCCGCCGUCGGGGAGACUGGCCAGCCUGGGCCGCCGUUGUGGGGAAGGGUUGGCCCUCGGCAGCUGAACCCGUCUUUUUAUUAAAGUUUAUGCCGUUUUGCAGGAUCGCCCUCCACCUCAUUCAGACUCUCGCCUACCAGCAAAGCUCUACCCGUACUUACAGCAGGGACGGGUGGGCGGUGCAGCUCUCUAAGCCCAGGGCCCCCCUUCCGCCGGAAGCUGGAGGGACGUGCCCCGCCCCCUGUCCUCCCCCCCAGGCCCCCCCUUCCUUCCAGCCCCUGCACUUCCGGUUCCGCCGUCUGGCCUCGCUGGUCCGCAUUUCGGGCUGCAGGGGGUUCUGUCGACAUGGCGGGUGGUCUGGGCCUCGCGCUCGCCGGGCGUGCCCGCGCUGUCGUCGCUCGCUGUGGCCUCGCGACCCGAGGGGUGGCAGGCCCAGGCUCUAUGGGCCGCGAGCCGGAUCACGAUACCUACUGGGAGCCGGAGGAGCGGGAGCUGCAGGAGGUGGAGAGGUACCAGCUCCUUUCCGGGCCCUCGGCCUGAAGGAGGGUCUCCGGCCCCGGCGAUCCAGGCCGCGUCUCCUGGGCGCCGGGCGUCCAGCCGUUGCCUCUGCAGCGGCCCGUGUUUCUUAUUCCGAUCAGAGACGCAGGGGAAGGUAUUCAGCUCCUUCGGGACCACGGGUCCCUUCACCAGUGACGAGUUUCAUCACCCGUGUAGGGAGUCCGUUAGCCCAAGUUCUAGGCGUUAGGUUUCUGGGGCGGUGAACGAGGAGGAGGCCUAGCGCUCCGUGAUUUAGCCCGAGACUCUUCAGCCACCCAGCUAGCUCCCACGCAUGGCUUCUGCCAUUGGUUCUCUUCUCCAGCGCCCU